CUGUUUCCCUAUCAAUCUAUCAAUAGUCCAACACUCCACCAGCUGAAGAAUAACUGAAUAAGAAUCUCUCUCUCUCUCUCUCUCUCUCUCUCUCUCUCUCUGGUUUCCUUCUCCUCACAACCUCGCAGACAAGACAAUCCAAUCCAAUCCAAUCAACUACAUCCUUUUCAUCUUCCGCUCAGUUCAAUUUCAUACCUGUUGGUGUCUUUGUAAUGCAAUCAGUUGAUGAGCGAGAAGAGGAAUCCCAAGCGUCCCAAAUCGCUGCCUUCUAAAAUGCCUGUGACAGACUUCAGUGACGUGCCAAAUAUUGAUGACAACAUUCUGUUCCCGGUUGAAGAGAUUGUACAAUACCCACUGCCUGGAUAUGUUUCACCAUCUUCAAUAAAUUUUAGCCCUGAUGAUAGUUUAAUAUCUUAUUUAUAUAGUCCUGAGCAAACGUUGAACAGAAAGGUUUUUGCUUUUAAUGUAAAGACCAAAGCACAAGAAUUGUUAUUCAGCCCUCCUGAUGGUGGACUUGAUGAGAGUAAUAUUUCUCCAGAAGAGAAGUUGAGGAGGGAGAGGUUAAGGGAGCGCGGUUUAGGAGUGACGCGCUAUGAAUGGGUGAAGACAAGCUCAAAAAGAAAAGCAGUCAUGGUGCCAUUGCCUGCUGGGAUUUAUAUCCAGGAUAUUUCCCAAUCUAAGGCAGAGCUCAAGCUCUCAAGUAUACCGAGCUCACCCAUUAUUGAUCCACAUUUAUCUCCAGAUGGAUCAAUGCUUGCUUAUGUAAGAGACCAUGAGCUGCAUGUUUUGAAUCUAUUUACUAAUGAAUCGAAGCAGUUGACCCAUGGUGCGAAAGAAAAUGGUUUGACUCGUGGGCUUGCGGAAUAUAUAGCUCAGGAGGAGAUGGAUAGAAAAAAUGGAUAUUGGUGGUCACUAGACAGUAAAUAUAUUGCUUUUACUGAAGUUGAUUCUUCUGAAAUACCCCUUUUUAGAAUUAUGCACCAAGGUAAAAGCUCAGUUGGUUUGGAGGCACAGGAAGACCAUCCUUAUCCUUUUGCCGGAGCUUCGAAUGUUAAAGUGCGCCUCGGGGUUGUUUCGGCAGCUGGAAGCUCCAUCACUUGGAUGGAUCUUCUCUGUGGGGGCAAGGAACAGCAAGCUAAUGAGGAGGAAUAUUUGGCAAGGGUCAAUUGGAUGCAUGGAAACACUCUCACAGCUCAGGUAUUGAACAGGCACCAUACUAAAAUAAAGAUCCUUAAGUUUGAUAUUAGAACAGGCCAAGGGAAAAAUAUAUUGGUUGAAGAAAACAGCACUUGGAUCAAUAUACAUGACUGUUUCACACCUCUUGAUAAAGGAAUUACCAAAUUUUCUGGCGGAUUCAUUUGGGCUAGUGAGAAAACAGGAUUUAGACAUCUUUAUCUUCAUGAUGCAAAUGGGACUUGUUUAGGACCCAUCACUGAAGGUGAAUGGAUGGUCGAGCAAAUUGCUGGUGUGAAUGAGGCUACAGGUCUAUUAUAUUUUACUGGGACAUUAGAUGGUCCUCUGGAGUCAAACUUAUAUUGUGCUAAACUUUAUGUUGAUGGAACUCACCCACCUGAGGCCCCUACCAGACUUACACUUAACAAGGGGAAGCACAUUGUGGUCCUUGAUCAUCACAUGCAAAGUUUUGUUGAUAUCUAUGAUUCCCUUGGUUGUCCUCCUAGGGUGUUACUUUGCUCAUUAGAGGACGGAAGAGUAAUCAUGCCUUUGUUUGAGCAGCCAUUUUCAGUUCCAAGAUUCAAAAAGCUUCAACUUGAGCCACCAGAGAUUGUUGAAAUACAGGCGAAUGAUGGCACUGUAUUGUAUGGAGCUCUAUAUAAGCCUGAUGCUUCAAGAUUUGGGCCUCCACCUUAUAAAACUAUGAUCAAUGUUUAUGGUGGUCCAAGCGUACAGCUUGUUUCUAACUCUUGGCUUAAUACAGUUGACAUGAGAGCGCAAUACCUGAGAAAUCAAGGCAUCUUAGUUUGGAAGUUAGACAAUAGAGGAACUGCUAGACGAGGGUUGAAGUUUGAAAGCUAUCUAAAACACAAACUAGGCCAAGUUGAUGCUGAUGACCAGCUAACUGGAGCAGAGUGGCUCGUUAAACAAGGGCUUGCAAAAGCUGGCCACAUUGGAUUGUACGGGUGGAGCUAUGGUGGGUAUCUCUCUGCCAUGACACUGUCAAGAUAUCCAGAUUUCUUCAAGUGCGCCGUAGCCGGUGCCCCAGUUACAUCAUGGGAUGGAUAUGACACAUUCUACACAGAGAAGUACAUGGGAUUGCCAUCUGAAAAUCAAUCAGAGUACGAAAGCGGUUCUGUCAUGAACCAAGUGCACAAGUUAAAAGGAAGGCUGUUGCUUGUGCAUGGCAUGAUUGAUGAGAAUGUACAUUUCAGGCACACUGCAAGGUUGAUCAAUGCUCUUGUGGCGGCAGGAAAACCAUAUGAGCUAGUACUUUUCCCAGAUGAACGCCACAUGCCUCGGCGACAUAGUGAUCGAGUUUAUAUGGAAGAGAGGAUGUGGGAAUUUAUAGAUAGGAAUCUGUGACACCUUAAUUUUUUCAUGCAUCUUUAGUUUUGUGUUCAUUUGAUUUGGCAGAGUAGUUUCUGAAGUUCUUUUAUCCAAUAAGUAAAAAAAAAUUUUCUUGUCUAAAAUUGUUAGCUACUUUGAUACUUGCUAGGUUGGCCCAUUUCAUUACACAGGAAAAAGAUAUACUACUGGCUAUCAUAUAAGCCUUUCAAAAUUAAGUAGUCUAGAUCUCAUCUUUUAUCUGGAUUAUGGAGGAAUUAUCAGUAUACAGUCUAAUCUAAAUUCUGAAACAUGUGGCUCUUUCUUCCAUCGAAUGCAUUAUAUUUUUUUGA